AUGUCAGCACUUUUGCAAAGUUUUCGUGUCAAAUAUGAGUGUAGUUGCGGGAAAUUUCGAAAUCUUUCUGAUCUUCAUUUUUGUAGACAAUGCUUCAAAAUAAAGUGGGUUUUUUUCUCAAGUAGGUUCUUUUUACGAAAUAUCGAUUUUCAGAUGUGAAGAAUGUGCAUGUGUUGAAAUUGAUAUGCUAUAUUGUGCUCGAUGCUUGGAAGCGUCCACAGUUCCAGAAGCACGAUUGAAGAAGAAUCAAUGUUUCAAUUGCGUUGAAUGCCCAAUGUGUAUGAAUAUUUUAAGUGGGCGAACUGAAAAUGACAAAUUCUUUUUGAUAUGUCAAGCGUGUUCUUGGCAAACUAGAGAAGCUGGAAUUGAAGACCGAGAUAGUGCGAAAAAAUGGCCAGUUUAUGAAAAUGAAAUAACAAAUGAGAUGAAUGAUGUGAUGAAUCAUAUGAAAAAGUUAGAAAUGAUACAAAAUGCACCGAAAGAUUCUAAAAAUCGAAAAAUAUCCAAAGGAUGGUCAGCUCAUCAUUUACCAAAUAAAUUUGGUUUACAAUCAAUGGUCGAGAAAAAAAGACAAAUGAUGUUUCCCGAUUUGACACCAUUAAGUGUGCAUGAACCAGAAGAGGUAGCUUUCAAUAAAUAAAUUUUUUUUCAAAACAAAAAAUUUCAGCCCCUUUCACUAGAGGAAGAACUUGAGAAUCGCUACAAAUCAAAGAAUUUACGAACUGCUGAUCAAAUAAUUAGACAACCUCUCGCUUCUUCAGAUCAACCACUUUUUCCAGUUCGAGUUCCACUUCAAGGAAGAACAUCGAUUAGAUGUGAUGAGUGUGAAAGAACAUUGGUUAAACGAGAUUAUGGAGUUGUCGCGUAUAAAUUCAAGAUUUCGGUGAGCAAACUUUCGAAAUAUCUUUAAAGUCUUUAAAUGUUGUUCUUCCAGGCAUUUGCCCGCGAAUAUGUGCCAGAUAUUCGAAUUUCCCGACCAGUGCAAUUUGAAAAUGAUAAAACAUCGCAUGUACUUCUAACUAUCACCAAUUUAUCAUCGUCGCCUAUUCAAUUGAAAAUCUCGCCUCAGGAAAAAUCAAGAGACGAUUUGGUUGAAUGUUCCACGCCUCCUGUUAAUAUUUCAAUUCCAUGUUCAAUUGAUACUGAUACAGCUGGAGUUCCAGCUGAGAAAAGGUAUUUUUGGAAAUUGAAAUCUUCUCCAAAAAAUUUGUAUUUUUCCAGCGAUGUUAUCGUUUUUCGACAACAUAAUCGAAUUGGAUUGAACUUUGAUUUCAUUCCAAAUCAAUCUAAUGAACAUUUCUUGGCACUUUCACUUGAAUAUACUCAAAAUGGAUCAUUUGGUUUGCUUGCGGACAAAUCACAAAAUACUGAAGAAGCAUCAUCGAAAGUUUUGAAAGCAAAUGUUAUUGUUCAAUUGCAUAAUUAA